AUGAGCGCCCAAGCUGCCAGCGCAGAAGGUGCGGAGCCGCGAGGGUGUUUCCACGCCAGUCCGCAGGGAGCCAAGGCCUGCGGCGACGCCUACGAGAUCGAUUCUCCCCACCAGAACCGCUACCUGAGCACCAAGAACAAGCAGCACCUCCGGUUGCUCAGCUUCGACAAUCUCAAAGAGACUACCCUCAGCUCUAUGGCUACCAAGCAGCUUCAGAGGGAGAAAGUGAUCGGUCCUCCCGGUUACAAGCGGAAGUGCAAAGACAGUUGGAGGAGUACAAUGUACGGUACCAGGCUCAGCUACAAGGAGAAACCCGAAGCCUAUGCCCUGAUCCUACGGUACCCCAAGGGAAUCCUCAACAUCAACCUGAAAGGCAUCCUCCGCAGAUACCUGGAGCUUCUAACGUACCACCAUGUGAUCCUCUCUCAGCUGUUCAAGGCCGUGCUGUUCCUGUCAGUGAUCCUGUUAACGUACAAGCGGGUGAUCAAGGACUCAGUACGGAGCGUGUGGGAAUCGAAGAUACCAGAGCAUUGGGACAAGGGAAUCCUCAACAUCAACCUCGUGGUCUUUUUGAAAAUGAUAGUCAAGCACGUGGUCAAGAUCUGGGCACGGCGGACCCCACGACCCAAGACCUUCAACGGAGGUGGUGUGGCGCAACUUCAAGCUGCUAUGUUGAAACAGAUGUCUGCUGACAAGAGUGGUGAGAGAACUCCGGAAACCGUGAAGCCGGGGACAAGCACCCUUCCGGUUUUGCCUCCGGUGAGAUCGGAGUCCUCAAGCGUGGACCUGUUGGAUUGGCUGGAGCUGAUAGAGUCUCCAAUGAGUGAUCUUUCAGAUGGGAGCGCGUCCUGGUGGAAGCAAGUGCGAGCAUCUUCGAAAGAGGCCUACGACUUGUGGGUUGUCUCAGGGCCUAUUGAGCGUCUCGGUGUGGUACCAGCUUCAGGAGGAGAACUUGAAGAAGGAAAAUGGCCCCGUGUGAAUUCCCGGGCGGCAAGCAUGAUCCUGACGGCCCUUGAUGAGUCGAUCCGGUUCCUGACCCAAGCCUACUUGUUCGAGGACUUCAUGCUCUUGUUCGUGGAGUACUUGACAAGAACAGUUGAUGACCGGAACCACUACAACCCCACCUACUCGACCGGAGCCAAAGCUGAGGCCGAUGAAGACGGUGGAGAAGAGGAGAGGGACAAGCGGAAGGAGACGCCUUGCAAGUUCUUCGGCAAGACCUAUAAGGGGAACACCCGGAGGAGGAUCUGGAACACCAGAAGCAAAGGGGCAACCAUCGACACCGAGGCCGCAAUCCUCAACCUCUUCUACUACAACGAAGUGCUUUCGGAUGUUGGAAAGAUCCUCAAGGCCAUGCAUGCUUCGUCUAUCAAGAAGUUCGCGGUGAAUGGCAAGGAGGAGACGCAAAGCGUGGAACCACAACCGGAACCAGAAGUUCCACCUGACCAACCAAAGGUGGCAGCGUUGGAGGUUUCUGAGGAUGAAGGUGGCACGGGCUUGCUGGAUAGUGGAGCAAGUCAUCCAAUGAGGCCUGCAAAGGGAGAAGAGUACCAACGCGGUGAACCAGUAAGGGUUACGCUUGCAGGAGAAGAUGUUCGAGUUCUACGUCAGAACCCACAAGGGACAAUCUUGGUUCAGGAGGAGGAAACUCAGGUGCAACCAAUAGUGCCACUUGGUGCGGUCAUAGAGAAUCUUGGCUACACGUUGCACUGGAGCCCUCGAAACCUACGUCUUACGCAUCCUUCGCGAAGGAGCGUGAAGGUCAAAAUCAAGAACCACUGUCCUGAGGUGGCUGCGUGCGAUGCUUUGAACCUGAUCCAGGAGCUGGAGAUGUCCCAGGUGAGGGACUUGAACACUCAUGUGGAGUCGUUGCGUGCAAGGUUGGAGGUGAUGAAGAAGGAGGAAAAGCGGGACUGGACCGAGCUAAUGCGGGAGUUUUCUCGCACAGGUUCGAGGGCAACUUUGUUGAGAACUCUCUUGUUGUGCCCCUUCACCAAGGACCUGCCGGCCGAUGUUCAGAGUUUACUCAUUGCUUUUGUGGGCAGCGUCUACGGGAAGGAUUUCGGAUGUGUUGGCGACUCCUCCAUGUGGAUCUUGGCCCAACUCUCUUGCGCCGAGGAGAGGACCGAGCUCUUAUCCGGUGAGAUCAACGAAGGAAAUGUGGGCUUCCUGAUGGAUUUUCCGUCCGAUGAAGAACGACUACGAGACGAUGAUCCAGUGCGGGCGUCCCCUUGGGAAACUGAGUUGUGGAAGUCCUUCAAGUCCAUAGCGGGCAUGACUAAGGUCUCCUUCUACAUGGGCGCGUAUGGGCACAAGGCCAAAAGACCUACGACAAUGGCUACCACCUAUCCUAGCUUAUGCCAGAUCGACAAUAUCUACGACUUCCAUGAUGGGUGUGUUCCGCCUUCGUUGUUGAGCCAUGAAGAAAUGAGAAAUUGGUCGUAUCCUUUCAAGGCCAUGGUGGCGAAUGCGGUGUGUGACUAUCAAGUUGACCGCCAAUGCAAUGAAGAAGAGUUGGCGGAGUUGGGUGUGAAGCUGACCAAGCUCACUAAGGAGCAACGAGAGUCGUGGCAACGUCAUCUACUUAACGACCACCAACCUUAUAGAGCCGAUUGUGCUGUUUGCAUCAAUGCUCAGGCUACGGGCUAUCAACAUCGACGCCGACGGCAUCCUUCCAUGUACACCGUCGCGCUUGAUUUGGCCGGUCCCUUCAAACAGAAGGGAAGGGAUAUGGAUCACGAAGAUUACAAGUACCUCAUGGUUGCUGCCUACAGGUGCCCAAAGGAGUACCUCAACGAAAAGGCUUUGGCCUACCUGGACUCAGAGCUCUAUGUGCCCGACGAGCCCGAAGAAUGUGGAGGUGACGAUCCAAUGGCUUUGUCGGAGGAAGAAGUUGAGAAGGAAGCUGAGUCUGAGGAAGAACGUGGCGAACCAUGUGGCCCAGAAACGUUGGAUGAUGCGGUUGAAGGCCUUCUUGAACAAGAAGAAUGGACCACAAUCUAUGUGACAAGGCCAAUGAGGAGGAGGACCACCCAGUAUGCGGCUCAAGCAGCUAAAGAAAUCGUGCUGCAACUGAGACAGUCUGGACUACAUGUGAGCACUGUUCAUACGGACAGGGCGCGCGAGUUCAAGGCCAAGUUGUUCAAGGACUGGACAGUUGAGGCCCAGCUAAGACAUACCAAGACGGCGGGCGGUGAUCCUGCAGGUAAUAGCUCAGCAGAGUUGGGAAUCAAGUGGGCAAAGGCUCGUGUACGGGCUCUCUUGGUUGCUGCAAAGGCCCCUCCCCGAGAUUGGCCAAUGGCAAUAAGCCAUGCUUCGUUGGACCUGUGGGCGAAGGCAUUUCCAGACAGCCCAUGGUCUUCACCACCGGCCACGGCUUUUGGAAGCGAAGUUUGGUUCAGAGCGAAGUACUACCAAGGCAAGUCGGAGAAGAAGCACGAGGCGGCAGGCAUGAGGUGGAAGCGUGGUUGGUACCGAGGUCCUGCAAUGGAUGUUAAGAGAGGACACUUGAUUGUUCGAGAAGAUGGAGGACUAACGGUCGCGAAAAGUGUCAAGCUCAAUGUUUGGGACCCCACGAAGGAGAUGAAAGAUCUUGUGCCACCGUCGGUUGCAGAUGGACUUCCUGAUGAACUUCUUAUUUCGCCGGAACCUCCUACAAAGGGUGAACUCAGAGAUGAGGUUGAGUUUAGAUCCCGCAUGCUGCUCGAGGAGGAGAACUUCGAUAUCAACAAGGCGGCAGAGUUGUUUAAGACCCUCGAGAUUAUGGGAGACACGGAUCAAAGGAUCAAGGCAAAGUCACCGUUUUCUUCAUGGUAUACUGGAGCCUUUGUCCAUGGUGGAGUGGCUGGGAUUCGGAACAACCUGAAGGAAUUCCCUUACACUACCAAAUACCUUGUGGGCGUGGCAAAGAAAUGCUGUGGAGAUGUGAAGUUUUCGGCCAUUGGACUGGCCAAGAAUGCACAGCUGGGCCUACACCGAGAUUCCCAUAACUACAAGCACUCCAAGAACUAUGUGAUCCCUCUUCAAGCCUUUGAGAAGGGUUCGCUAUGGGUUCAAAAUGAGAAUGAUGAGGACCGUGAAGGUGAAGAGAGGACUUUAUCCAAUGGGAAAGUGGUGUAUGGGAAGCUGCAUGAAAUGCACAAAGGCAUCCCUGUGUGUUUUUCCCCGCGCCUGUGGCAUGAAGUACAACCAUGGGAAGGUGAGCGUAUGGUGUUGCUUCUUUACACUCCGAGGGCUACGAGGCUUCCCUCUGAAAAUGUUGAAUCGUUGGAAGAAGCCGGUUUUCCCGUUGAUCGUGACUCCCUACUACCAGAUGGUGAAGAAGAGGGUGAUGAGGAGAAGAUUGCUGAGUUUCCCAUCCCGCUACCUGCUGCUAAGGUCAAAAUGAUGAAGGCAGAGGAGAAUGUGGAUGGGGCAGUUGCUUUUGUGGAGCUUGAGAACAAUGAGCUGCUCAAGGGUGAAAGCGGUGACAAUUCUCUUCAGCUACCCCCUGGUGAUCCUCCCAAUGCUGCGCUUCAUGAUAUGGUCCAUGUUAAGAAGAUGAUAAAGAAGGCCGAGGUUCAGUAUACUCCAAACAUCGAACAAAUCUUGGAAGACAUUGAGGCCAAGGGAGGACAGCUGGAGGUCACCCACACCGUGAGCCUUGCUGAUGUCAAGAGUAACCUUGAAAAAUGGAAGCAGUCUGCCUUGAAGGAGUUCAACAACCUGACGAAGUCCAAGCAGGCUUUCAAGGUGAUGAAGCGGCAUGAGCUACCAGCGAACUGCCGCAUAGUGCCCUGUAAAGGGGUUUACACAGUGAAACCAGACAAAGGUCCACCGGGCUACAGAAGGAAAACAAGGUUUGUGGCGUGUGGAAAUUACAUCUCUGAAGAGUCUGCUACUAUGGAUCUUUUUGCUGCCGGGCUGGAUGCUACUUCGCUUCGGACCAUGUUAGCCUACAAUGCAAAGAAACCGUGGCGGAUUGGAACCACAGAUGUGCGCCAGGCUUUCGUUCUUGCGAGGUGGCGAGGGGAGCCAGUGGCUUUGGAACCGCCGGGAAUAGCAUAUUUGCUCGGCUUAGCAGUUCCAGGAGAUGUAUGGUUCGUGCAGCAAGCUUUGUAUGGUUUGCGCGAAUCCCCAGCCCUUUGGUCAAUGUUUAGAGAUGAACAGUUGAAGCUUGCUCGCUGGAUAGUCAACAUCAAUGGCCAAGAAGUGAAGAUGAAGUUGGAACAGUUGGUCUCCGACAAUCAAGUAUGGAAGAUCAUACCGGAGCAUGGCGGUGAGGUCUACGGCUACGUUCUUGUCUACAUAGACGACCUCCUAAUCCAUGCUCAGGAGGAGGCCAUGGAAGGCUUCUUCAAGUGGGUAUCAGCAAAAUGGGAGGUUGACGAUUUGGACGUUCUUGACUACAACCACCCCAUCCGGUUUUUGGGCAUGGAGCUUCAUAAAGUUCAAGGAGGUGUAGAGUUGGCCCAGGAAGGCUUCGUCAACGAGAUUCUCAGAUCCUACCAUCACGAGGGAGGACGUUCAUACUCCCAAGGUCCGAGAGAAACUCUUCUCUUGACCGAGGAGGAGGAACGAGCGCUUAUCGAUGCGGAGCCCAGCAAUGUAGACCCUAAGGACCCAGAAGUGAAAGAAGCACAAAAACGUGUUGGCGAGUUGUUGUGGCUUGUGGGUCGUACAAGACCGGAUAUUCAACACACUGUUUCGAUAAUGGCUUCGAGAAUUACAAGGUCGCCUGGAAUGGUGAACGUGGUUGGAAGGCGGCUCCUGGACUAUCUCUCGGAAACAAAGUACUACAGGUUAUCCUUCACCCAGGAUGAGGAGGAGAGCGUCGAAGCUGUAAGCGUCUACACCGACAGCUCUUUCUCUCCCAGUGGAGGAAGGUCACAUGGAGCGGUUGCGAUCUUCUACGGGAACAACCCUUUAAGCUGGAGGGCGUCAAGGCAGCCGCUAACUACUUUGUCAACGGCGGAAUCAGAGCUGGUUGAGGCCGUGGAAGGAACUUUGAUGGGCUGCUGUUGCUCUCCUGACUACAUCAUCAGGGAGCUGGAGAACAAGGUCAGUACCAACGGGCAGAUUUGGGAACCAAGCCCUUUACCAAAGAACGUCUACGGCAACUGGGCACAUGGCUACAGCGUCUACUUCUCCUAUGUCAAGUUUGUGGAACAUGGGAUGUUCUCCGAUGCCCAGAUGUUCACCCUCGGAAUGCCUACCAGAAGUUCCACUUGGAGAUUCGGCCUCUUCAUCUACUACACCUGUGGUUGGUCCCUGGAAGAGAUCACCUACAUAUCUUCCGGGAGUGCUGGGGUCUACGGAAUGCUGGACAUGUGCAAAGGGUCGAGCUCCGCCCGUGCCGAGUCCGUCAUGAGCACCACAUCGUGA